AUUUAUUUCUGGCGAGGUGCCCUACUAUUCUUCCCAAGGAAUCUUCCGUCUGCUUUGAUCUGGACUUCGAACUACGACCGUAAGAUCUUCACCUUUCAUAUCUGCUUCAUCGAAGGAGGAUAUUAUUCUUCUCGGAAAUUUGCUUGCUGCUGUGCUAUCGUGACAAGCCACACGCCGGACCACGCGGAUUGUGAAUCCGUGUUGGAUUGUGGCUCCGUUGUCUGUGCGGUCAGAAGUAACUUGACUUUGAAUUAUCACUUUCCCCGAAUUCGCGGUUGGUAGUUGCGCUCAUACAUCUUGUUUUGGUGCUACGCUGUGCAUUUGGAGUUGAGAAGUUGAGAUCUACUGCGGAGUUCUUGAUUCGGAUUUGGUCGGCUCUUCGAAGGAGCAAUUGUUGUUGAGAGCUAAUAUAUAUAUAUAUAUAUUUGAAUGAUGGAAAGCAUGGCUAGUUUCUCAGGAACUAUCGCAGAGACAACAACGUCUUUGUUAUCCUCAGAAUACACUUCAGUGGUUUCGAUUAACUUGUUUGUCACACUGCUCUGUGCAUGUAUUGUGAUCGGUCAUCUAUUGGAGGAAAAUCGUUGGAUGAAUGAAUCUAUCACUGCCCUCAUAAUUGGUGUUUGCACUGGAAUCAUAAUUCUACUAAUAAGUAGAGGGAAAAGCUCACGGCUCUUGGUCUUCAGUGAGGAUCUCUUCUUUAUUUAUCUGCUUCCACCAAUCAUCUUUAAUGCUGGGUUUCAGGUAAAAAAGAAACAAUUCUUUCGCAACUUCAUGACCAUAGUCCUGUUUGGAGCACUUGGUACCUUGAUAUCUUUCAUCAUUAUAUCAUUAGGUGCUAUUGCAUUCUUGGGAAAAAUUGAUAUUGGUCUUGAAAUUGGAGAUUAUUUGGCAAUUGGAGCAAUUUUUGCUGCGACCGAUUCGGUUUGUACACUGCAGGUACUCAGUCAGGAUGAAACACCAUUGCUAUACAGCCUAGUAUUUGGAGAAGGCGUUGUGAAUGACGCAACAUCCGUGGUGCUUUUCAAUGCAGUCAAGAACUUUGACCUUUCUCAUCUAAGUACCACCGCGGGUUUGCAGCUUAUUGGAAGCUUCUUCUAUUUAUUUAUAACAAGCACUGCGUUGGGAGUUGCGACUGGACUGCUUAGCGCAUACGUCAUUAAGAAGCUCUAUUUUGGCAGGCAUUCCACUGAUCGGGAAGUUGCUAUAAUGAUGCUCUUGGCUUACCUUUCAUACAUGUUGGCUGAAUUAUUCUACUUGAGUGGCAUUCUCACCGUGUUCUUCUGUGGAAUUGUGAUGUCGCAUUACACCUGGCAUAACGUUACCGAGAAAUCAAGAAUCACCACUAAACACACUUUUGCAACAAUGUCGUUUGUUGCCGAGACAUUCAUAUUUCUAUAUGUUGGUAUGGAUGCCUUGGACAUUGAGAAAUGGAGUUUUGUUAGCGAUAGCCCAAUGACGUCGGUAUCUGUCAGUGCAAUUGUAUUGGGACUGAUUUUGGUGAGCAGAGCUGCAUUUAUCUUCCCUCUAUCGUUGUUGUCCAAUUUAACGAAGAAGUCUCGGCAUGAGAAGAUUAGCUUUAAGCAGCAAAUUACGAUAUGGUGGGCUGGUCUUAUGCGAGGUGCGGUUUCCAUGGCUCUUGCUUACAACCAGUUUACGAGCUUAGGGCACACUAAAAAACGUGGCAAUGCUAUCAUGAUUACCAGUACUAUUACGAUUGUGCUGUUCAGCACUGUGUUGUUCGGGUUGAUGACCAAACCGCUGAUAAAAUACUUACUGCCGAAGCACGGAGGCAGCAUGACUUCCUGCGACUCCUUCGUCACAAACUCGACGGUGCCACUGCUCGGCGAAACCCAAGAUUCAGUAUCGGAACUAUUCCCGCCAUUGGAGCCCAACGAAGCCGGGCAGAGCAUAGCGCGCCCCAGCAGCCUGCGCAUGCUCCUCACACGACCCACUCGUACCGUCCACUACUACUGGAGAAAAUUCGACGACGCUUUCAUGCGCCCGAUGUUCGGCGGCCGCGGCUUCGUUCCGUUUGCCCCCGGCUCCCCGACCGAGCAAAACGCGCAACAGUCGUGGCCCGAGGAAGACAAGCAUUGAGAUGUAUGUAUAUGCUGUAGAGUGAAAGGCAUAGGAGGGAGGUAUAUCGUAUAUGUCUAUAUAUAUAUGUAUGUACGUAUUUAUGUAUACAUACACACACACGCACAACAUUUUAUAUAUGUGUAUAUUUUGUAUGUAUGGUUGGAUUUGGGUCAAAAUACACGCCGUCUGGGUGUGCAAUGGUUUUUGUAAGCUGUGAUUUCGGAGGUGGUAGAAACUUGUUUGAUGGUGUUGUAUACGGUUUUGUUUUCUUUGAAGUUUGAUUUUGAAACUUUGUUUUGGGAUUGAAUUUGAGUUUGAAUAAUAUAUGAAAUUUAUCA